AAUCUGUGCGCUUUGGAGGCUCCACAAAGAAGGCGCAGCGAGCAGCAGAGCUCAACAUGACUUCAGUCUGAAGAGACACAAGUCUACUAUCUGCUCCUUCACUGUCAGCCUUCAGCACGGCUCCAUCUUUUAGUUUGGACUCUUUUAUCAGGGAGAGAAAACACAAGAGGCUCGGCUUUCAGACGGCCCAGAGGAGGCCCGGCCCGGCUUGAGUCUCUACGGUUCUCAUGGUGCGUUUAAGAGCAGCGUAUUGCUCAUUGAGCUUUAACGUGUUAGUCACUCCGUGCUGUGAACGACUCUACGACUGAACUAUGGCAGAACAAGCUCCAGCCCCAGCCGCCGCCCCGGCCAAGGCGGCCAAGAAGAAGGCCCCCAAGCCGAAGAAGGCCGGCCCCAGCGUCAGCGAGCUCAUCGUUACAGCUGUGUCCGCGUCCAAGGAGCGGAGCGGCGUCUCCGCGGCCGCCCUCAAGAAGGUCCUGGCUGCAGGAGGAUACGAUGUGGACAAGAACAAGGCUCGCGUCAAGACUGCUAUUAAGAGUCUGGUGGCAAAGGGCACUCUGGUCCAGGUUAAGGGAACCGGGGCCUCCGGAUCCUUCAAGAUGAGCAAGAAGGUCGCAGAGAAGAAGCCGGCUAAGAAAGUCGCUCCUAAAGCCAAGAAACCUGCAGCGGCCAAGAAGCCUAAGGCAGCGGCAGCUAAGAAGCCAGUAGCCGCUAAGAAGUCCCCGAAAAAGGUCAAGAAGCCCGCGGCGGCCAAGAAAGCAGCCAAGAGCCCCAAGAAGCCCACAAAGAGCCCCAAGAAGGCUACCAAGAGCCCAAAGAAACCCACUAAGAGUCCUAAAAAGGUGGUCAAGAAGGCUCCUGCAGCCAAGAAAGCCCCCGCAAAGAAGGUUGCCAAGCCUAAAGUCAAGAAGGUAGCAGCAAAGAAGAAGUGAGCUGAGACCACCGAAGAUUCACCUCAAAACUAAAGGCUCUUUUAAGAGCCACCCACAUCUCACACUGAAGAGUAGA